UUUUUGCCCAUGUCACACUAAAAGUAGUUUGGGAGGACAUGAUUAGACUGUGACUUCAGAAACAUCUGUGACUUCGCGACAGUAUCACCUUUCUGGUGAAAAUGACAAUGGAUCUGCUGUAUUUGCAGGACAGUGUGAGAGCUUCUCCUGUCUGGCUCAGGGCAAAGUCAGCCAGCUCAGUCUAAGCUACCUCAGUGAACUAUGGGGGCAGUGAUUUCUUACAAUCUUCCAGUAAAGCUGCAAAACAAAGAAGACUGAGGGACACAGUACAACGCAUUGCCCACACUACCACAGGCACGGACCAUAUACCAUUAAUCAACAGGAGCAAAUUCACAUCAGGAGAGUGUCAACGCAGGCAGUUAAUGUGAGCAAUUGUCAAUGAAUGAUUUCCAGACAUGAUGGCCGACCAGCCGCCUCCAUUAGAAGCUACCCCUCUGUUGAAUGAAGUGCCACUUCUACCUCAUAUGGUUAAUGGGGACAGCAUACAACAGGUUAUUCUUGUGCAGGUAAACCCAGGUGAAACCUUUACAAUUACAACUGAAGAUGGACAUGUUCAAUGUAUUCAAGGUCCAGCACAUGUUCCUAUGAUGUCACCAAAUGGUUCUAUGCCUCCCAUAUUCGUGCCUCCCGGUUAUGUAUCUCAGGUGGUAGAAGAAAACGGAGUUCGUAAAGUGGUGGUGUUGCCACACUCAGCUGAAUUCCACCCUUCCAUGCAUCCUCCUCCUCCUCCUCCUCCUCCCCAUGUGCCACAUUACAUGCAUCAUCACCAUGCUCUCCUUCCCCACCCGCCUCACCCGGUGUAUCCUCCAGUUCCUGGCACAGGAGAGCUGCCACCACAAUUCAUUCACCAGCAUCCACCACCACAUGUUUUUCAAGAACAAGAACCUCGUCCUCAUGGAAGGACAAACUUUAUUCAGCGAGAUGAAAGGAGCCUCAAAAUGCAGGAACAUCUGAAGAAAAGAUUAAAAGACAGACAAGCAAGUGGUCAUACUAACAAUAAACUUAACAGUCCUCCUUCUUCACCACAUAAAAUUAAUAAUUCUUCCAGUGCAACGAUUCAGAAUGGAAAUGGGAAGGGACAGCAAGUGGCAGGAGGGCCGCUGAAGCAGAAACAAAUAGGAAAAACAAAGGGCAGUCCAGACGCAGAGGUAGGAGAAUCUGACACGGAAUCCAAGAAAUAUGAUAUUCACUUGAGCAUUGGCAAGCCAGUAGUUUCUGAUAUACAAGCAAGAUCAGCCGUUCUGUCCUGGAAUCUCCCAGUUAGUUCACAGAAUGGAGAGAGCCAUAGUCAUAGUCCAGCAGCAUUUACAUUUGAAGUAGCAAUAUCCAACAGUGGUAAAAAUGGAAAAUUUAAAUCUGUCUAUGUUGGGGAAGAGUUAACGAUUACGCUUCCUGAUCUCAGACCAGCAACCGAUUACCAUGCCAGAGUUUCAGCAACCAGCAGUUCCAUAAAAGAAUCUGUUUCAGAAUUGGUGAGUUUCACUACAGAAAGUUGUGAGCCAGACUCUCCAGCUGCACCCAAGCUAAUUAACAGAACCAAAAACAGCCUGAGUUUGCAGUGGAAGUCUUCAAAUGACAAUGGUUCCAAAAUAACUAAUUUCCUUUUAGAAUGGGAUGAGGGGAAGAAUGGACCCUUCAAAGAAUGCUACUAUGGGCAUCUGAAGCAGUACAAACUUACCAAAUUGUCUCCUUCUACAAAAUAUUCACUCAGAUUAGCUGCUAAAAAUGAUAUUGGAAUGAGUGGGUUUAGUGAGACAGUGACAUAUUAUCAAGACGGAAUUGUCCCGCCACCUCCAUCGCCCCCUCUGCUUGUGGCAGCAGGAGUGACCUGGCUGUCGUUAAAAUGGAGCCCACCUAACGGGGUGUCUUCAGAUGACUCUCUGACUUACAGUUUAGAUAUGGAAGAAGAAGGUUCUGGUUAUGGUUUCCAACCACAGUACAAUGGAGAUGAACUCUCUUAAAUAUUGCUCGUUAUUCAAUCAAGCAUUUGUUGUAUAUUCCGUUCAUUCCUGAAACAGCUCUUUGCCUACAACAGUGAAGGAAAAAGUAAUCCUAGUGAAGUAGUAGAACACAGCACCAAUCCUGACAAACCGGGACCUCCAAGUAAACCCACUGUAAAGGGAAAGAUCCAUUCGCACAGUGUGAAAGUUACAUGGGAACCCCCCAAAGAUAAUGGAGGAUCAGACAUUUUUAAGUACUUCUUAGAAAUUUCAGAAACUCUAAUUGGAAGUAAAUGGGAAAUCAUAUACAGUGGUUCCCACAGAGAACAUGUAUGUGACCAUCUCAAGCCUGGUACUUCAUACAGAAUGAGAGUUUACUGCAUCAGUAAAGGUGGUGAAAGCCAGGUUUCUGAUGUUCUGACUGUUACGACAUCAGCUGUUCCUCCUGGACCAUGUCACGCUCCAUGCCUGGCAGGCAAAGCCAAGCCCAAGGAAAUCGCUUUACAGUGGGGCCCACCUUCUGUAGAUGGAGGUUCAGAAGUAACAGAAUAUGUCAUAGAGAUGGCAAACUCUGAACAAGAUGAACGCAGACAAGUAUAUCAGGGUGCAGCAUUGGAAUGUGCAGUAAACAACCUACUUCCUGGGAGAACAUACUGCUUCUGGAUACGAGCAGCGAAUAAAAUUGGGUUCGGUCCUCACUCUGACAAAGCAGAGAUCUCUACUGCUCCAGGCCCCCCUGAUCAGUGUUGCAAACCUCUGAUAACUUGUAAGAGUGCAACUUGUGUUGUAGUGUCAUGGGAGAGUCCUGCAUGCAAUGGUGCAGAAAUUGGUGAAUACAGACUGGACUGGGGACAGGUGGAAGGAUCAAUGCAUAUCAUUUACACUGGCUCAUGCCUGAGCUAUGAAGUAAAAGGUCUCACACCUGCAACCACAUAUUAUUGCAGAGUACAGGCUGUGAAUAUCGCUGGAGCUGGGUUGUUUGGUGAGACUGGUGUGGUUACAACCCCUGCAUCAGUGCCUGCAGCAGUAUCAGUACUGCAUUUACUUGAAGAGGAUCAAAUGGAAAUGUCUCUUCCUUUAUCAACGUGCCUUGCAAUUCAAUGGGAAGAACCAUGUUGUCAUGGGUCAGAGAUCACUGGAUAUAAUAUAGAAUAUGGGGAAAAACAGCUUGCAACUGUUGGUAGAAAUACAAGCCAUGUUCUUGAGAAUCUGCUGCCUGACACUCUGUACAGAGUUAGAAUACAGGCCAUAAACAGCUUUGGAGUUGGUCCUUUCAGUCAUUCCAUUAAAGCCAAAACAAAACCACUACCUCCUGACCCCCCUCAUCUUGAAUGUGUGGUCUUCAGCUACCAGAGCCUUAAACUUAAAUGGGGUGAAGGUCCUAGCAGAGCUUUAAUCACCAACCCUACACAAUUCAACUUGCAGAUGGAGGACAGGUUUGGCAGGUUUGUUACUGUUUAUAGUGGUCCUUGUCAUACAUACAAGGUACAGCGACUCAGUGAAUCCACUACAUACUAUUUUAAAAUCCAGGCAUAUAAUGAUGCUGGAGAGGGGGAAUUUUCUGAAGUUUACGCUUUCACUACAACUAAGUCUCCACCAGCACCUCUUAAAGCACCCAAAGCAAAUCAGCUGGAAGAGAACACUUAUGAAAUCACAUGGGAACCUUUACAGCCGAUGAAAGGAGAUUCCAUUGUUUACAUCCUUCAGCUUGCUGCUGGGAGAGAGUUUGAUCAGGUGUACAAGGGGCCCGAGACAUCAUUCCGUCUCACAAGCUUGCAGACAAACUGUGAAUAUCGGAUCAGAGUCUGCGCUGGCCGUCAGUCCCAAGACUCUACUGGAUCACAAGAACUGUAUGGACCUUACAGUCCCAGUACAGUAUUCUCAUCUCAGAAACAAGAGCUGGUUCCACAAUGUGCUGAUUUGACGACAGAAUUGGCAGAGACUAAGAAGACGUUACGUGAAGAGCGCUUCAUUGCUAUUGUUCUUCUUUGCGGAUUUGCAGUGGUUGCUAUUUUAUUUGCUGUUGUUAUUCAGUACUUUGUAAUCAAGUAGACUAGAGCCUACUCAGUACUCAGCUUUUUGUACAGAAGCUAUUUCGGGUAUUUAUGGUUAGUUCUAAUUAAAAUCUUAGCUGGAAAUGUAUAAAUACGUGCAUUUCCUCUUUUGCUGCUGGCUAACAGUGAGGCUGGGUUGGCAGAUCCUUUCCAAAUACUGAACACAGAUUUCUUGUAGAAAGGGUAAUCCUGGGUCCUCUGUAAUCAGGGUUAGCUGUUAAUAAAACAGCAAAAAACUGCCUUAUCAUGCACACCGGUGUGUGUGCACACUCUUCCUCUCUCUCAAUUCAAAGUAGGGGUCCUUUGGCCAGUUCGAGAGAGAAGGCGUUAUUAGAACAAGUCCUUUUAAAGUACAACUAGAGCAGUGGUAGUCAAUCAGCAAUGUUUAAUCGGGUAUUGUUGUAGUUUGGUAUACAUGAAAUACAGCAGCACAAAUGCUUAAGCUUAGAGCAGUACUGUAUUGCAAAACAUUACUAGAGCAUACCACAUUUAAUAUACUGUAGAAGGAAAGCAAAAUAUUGACUUUGACUUAGUGAUAUUACUACUUUACAGUUAUUUUAAUAUUUGGGAUUCAGUAAUAAUCAUUUCAAGCGUUAGAGUAGAGGGUGCCAGCAUUUUUAGGAUUUUAAUUAAAAUGCUAGACAAAAUGUUAGCAGGACGUAAUGUACAUACAGCGAUUGCAUUCGUAUGUAACAUUGCAAAAAAGGCCCCUUUUGUAUAGUACAUUUCUGAAUGAAAUGCUUUCUGCUGUUGGUGAGCAGCUGUUGGCCCAAUCCACAUUUCACUCUCAGUGCCUGAGAGAAAAGUAAUUUCCUGUGCUUCUGAUUAAAUCUUUGCAGUGUUUUCAGAAAAGCACAGGUAUUGUCUUUAAGGAGAAAGAGUGCAUUUAUGAUAAAUGUUACACUAUUUGGCUCAAACUGAGCAAAUGUUUUUGUACUAUUAUUAACCUAAAAAUAAAAAGUUGAAACUGCUUUUGGGUGCCCUUCUAACUUAAUCUGACUUAUCAAAUUGUACAUGAAAGAACUCUUUUUAGAUAACAUUUAUACAAUGUUUUAAAUGAAUUGCUAUCCCAGUGGUAGCAGUUUCACAUUCCAUUGUUUUCUAGAUGAGGAUGUUCAGUCUGCUAUGAACUUUUCUGAAACUUGUCAUAUUUGUCUGGAGGUUAUUUUUUGUGGACACUGUGCACUACAUAUGACUGUUCUUGUUAAAUCUGUUUGCAAAUAUCUAAAGAUGAGUCUGACAGCUGUCUUUAUAUCAAAUAUUCUGAAAGCUGGAACUCGCAAAUUUAGAACAUGUUUCAGAAUGGGUCUUCCUAAUAGCAUUGGCAUAUGCCAUAGAAAGUUAGAUUUAGCAUAUUUUGCAAAGACUACAGCUACACUUUAUAUACGUCAGAACGAUGCACUUGUACGUGGAAUGUUGGAUGUGAUAGUGCUACAGGCUACAGUAUUUCAAGUAAUUAAUCACUUUAAGGGUCUUUCUCCUAUGGCAGUUGAUGAAUAAUGUUGCGUUAUAGUUUGAGGCAUUGUGUUGUAUUUCAGAUGUGGAAAACCUAAAUUAUGACAUAGUAUCGCUUAAUACUCUUAAAAGUAGAUUUAUGGUGCAAUCUGAAAUUAAUCUUUUCAAAAUGUACUCUUCAUUUUGUACUCUAUUUAUUUUGAUUAAAAGUCCUGGAAAA